UAUUUCUUCUGUUUUACAUACAGGUUGUAAAUUCAAACGUAUCAUUGCAACGAAUGGAGGAAUUGUUCUUUGCUGAAGAGAGAAUUCUCUUACCUAAUCCACCACUUGAACCUUGUCUUCCUGCCAUCUCAAUCAGGGACGGAUACUUUUCAUGGGAUUUUAAGCCUGAGCGUCCCACUUUGUCAAAUAUUAAUUUGGAUAUACCAGUUGGUGAGCUAGUUGCAAUUGUGGGUGGGACUGGAGAAGGAAAGACAUCUCUGAUUUCAGCAAUUCUUGGGGAGCUUCCUCCCUUAGGCAAUGCAAGUGUCACUACCAGAGGAACUAUUGCAUAUGUUCCUCAAGUUUCUUGGAUCUUCAAUGCCACUGUACGUGGAAAUAUAUUAUUUGGUUCCAACUUUGAACCAACAAGAUAUUCGAAGGCAAUAGAUGUCAGUGCAUUGGACCAUGAUCUGGAGUUACUUCCAGGUCGAGACCUUACAGAAAUCGGCGAAAGAGGGGUGAAUAUUAGCGGAGGACAAAGACAAAGAGUGUCAAUGGCUAGGGCUGUCUACAAAAAUUCCGAUGUCUAUAUUUUUGAUGAUCCCCUAAGUGCUCUUGAUGCACAUGUGGGCCAGCAGGUUUUUAAGAAAUGUAUAAAGGAAGAAUUGCAAGGAAAGACUAGGGUGCUUGUGACAAAUCAGCUGCAUUUUCUACCUCAGGUGGAUAGGAUCAUUUUGGUCUCUGAAGGAAUGGUGAAAGAGGAUGGGAGUUUCGAGGAUCUCUCCAAAAAUGGCGCACUUUUUCGAAAGCUAAUGGAAAAUGCUGGGAAAAUGGAAAGUUAUGGUGUUGAAACUGACGACCCAAACUUUGACUAUGAGAGUUCACAAUCUUCUUUAAACAUAGGGCAUGAGCUCCAAAAGAAUGAAACCUCCGUAACCAAAAGGAGAGCUGGUAAAUCUGUUCUUAUCAGGCAGGAAGAGCGGGAAACUGGUAUUAUCAACUGGAAUGUCUUGAUGAG